AUGCUGAUGAUCAACUCCGUCCCGCUUCUUCUUCUUCUCUUGUGCUGGUGCCAAUCAGAAGCUCAGCAACGGUGUCAGUUGCUGCCACGUCAGACCAGCGCUCUUCAACGAUUCCGCGGCCUGAAUUCCACACUGCGGAUCCAGCGGUUAUUUCCGUGGUUGGCCUUCAUAUCCACUUCUGAUGCAUUGAGCAACAUCAACGCAUCCGCAACGCUGAUCCAUGUGGACGACAAUUUCUACAUCCUGACCGCUGCUGCGGCGGUACGUGACAAUGCUGAACUGGCAGAAUCGAAUAGAAUUUUUCUUGGAGCAUCUUCGCUGUGCGAUCCCAUUCCGCCUGACAGACGAGUGAAUAUUCAAUCAGCGAUAAUACAGCAAAGCAUACCUGCGUUUUCACUGAACGACAUGGCACUUGUUCGACUGAAGGAAGAAGACGAUUUGAAGAAGCGCAUUAUAUAUAGUGGUGAUAUUCAGGGUGCCUUCAUACCUGAUGGCCCUCAGGUGUUGAAGCCCGGUUUUCAGUUUAACAUGAUGGCGGUGGAAUAUGCUUGUUUGGCAGUGACGAAGUGCUGGCGAUUCGAAGUUGUUCAUCAAUCAGAGUGUCAGGCGUUAUUCCAAACCUUCAGCUGUCGAGCGCAUAUUUGCGCUAGGUUCAAGGGCAAGAAUCCUGACGACAUCUACAUCUAUCCAGGAAUGUCAAUCGUAUUCGGUGACGAUAAAGCGGCGUUCCUGUACGGAAUAAUUGUUGCGUCAAGCCGAUGGCACUACUUGAUUAAUAACGUCGUUGAACACCGCAAGUGGAUUGCUAGUGCUGCAUCUAUGUUGGCAUCGGUUCCAGGCGGCAGUUUGAGAAAGAUGACGGGUUAUCAGGCUGGAGAAGGCAGGUUAGCGCGAGCAACAUUACAGUGCCUUUUGCCGCAACGUGUCCGUAACGGUGGUCUGCGUUUCCGUGAUUUUAACUCGACGCAGCGCAUCCAGCGGUCAUUUCCAUGGCUGGUCUUCAUAUCCGACUCCGGUUCACUGACCGACAUCAACGCUGUUGGGACGCUGAUCUACGCAAACGACAAAUACUAUGUCAUCACCGCUGCCAACGCUGUACAUAAAUGGUAA